AUGCUUCGUGGAAACGCAUCGAUGUUUCCACCAAAUGUUCGUAUGGUUCAUUUGCAUCUGAUUAAUCCGUAUGGUGCUUCAUAUAUUCUCAAAGAAAAUGAACAAAAUGCUGAUCAAUUAAAGAACGAAGCUAUGUAUUAUACACUCAAUUAUGACAAUCCUAUCCUUCAACAAUUUAUCGAUCAAAUUGAUUUACCCAACUUGGGAAAUAUUUCUACUCAACAGAACGUAUUUGCAUCCUUUGCUCAACUGAUUGCCGAUUACGGUGAAGACGCUGUUAACUUAGCUCUAAAAACAGGACAGGGAAAGCGGCCUCAAGGCAUUGCAUAUUUCGGACCAUCAAAAUCAUGGUCGAGUCAAACUGAAGAGUAUGUUGUCGACAAAUAUUUUCCUUAUGCAACUGAUAUUCUUUUGUUUGAUUGGCACACUGCAGUCGGUCCAUACGGUACCUGGUCAUUUGUUCCCAUUGAUAACGAGUCAGAAGUUGCAUUCAAGCGAUGGGCACCGAAUGCUCUAAUGUUGCCUUAUGAUCUUGGCCUUCCUCCAGGUGGUCAGGUACCGUACAGUACUAUUAAAGUUAGAACAGGAGCAAGACGUGUUAUAAGAGGUUUUUGGGAAGCUGGUACAUACAAUUUGACCAUGGAAACAAACGCAAUGUUUAUACUACGCUUGUAUUGCCGUAUUUAUAGCAAUAUAACUGAUCCAUUUUGUAAAGAUAUCAUUUCGAAAACGCUGGAAUACUUUUAUCCACAAGCAGAUGAAUGGAAAAGAUUAACAUACAAUGCAAUUAACAAUGUUCUUCCCAAGGUUUUAUCUGGCUUCGCUGCCGAAUUAAACAUCGGAACUAAAGUAAUUGUUUCUGGCUUGCAUAUCAUUAUAGGAGCUAUCAUUGGACUUCUUUGGUUUCGAAUGUACAACAAUAUUUAA